GGAACUUCCACCAACUACUUUUUAAAAUCAAAGUCGUCCUCCUCUCUACAAAACUGAAAACAACCACCCUCCUCCUCACCAAAGCCACCUCUCAACUUCCUUCCCCUUCCUCCCUCAACUUCCUUCCCCUUCCUCUCAAAAUGGCAACACCUUAUUUAGCAGAGAAUCCAAUCAAAUCCAACAAAUUCAAAGACUAUCCACAAAAGGCGAAUGGGAUAUCCAGAUCAUUUCUUCUAUCCAUUUUCAUCUAUAUUUCCAUAUUCUAUUUCUUCAAUCUCUCUCCUUCCACCCUAUUCAACACCACCAAAUUCUGGUUCUUCAUUUCCAACACUCUCAUUCUCAUCAUCGCCGCGGAUUCCGGUGCCUUCUCUUCAUCCAAAAAUCAAGGCCUCUACGAGGAGUAUGUGAAGCACAGUCACAGUCGAGUAAGCAGCUCUUCUUCAUUCGAAUCCCAGUACCCUGAAAUCGUCGAGAAAAGCAAUAUUAUUCCACAAAAGGAGCUAAUUGCAAUUGAAAAUUCACAAGAGAAGAAAGAGAUCAUUGCUGUUCACGAGAGAGAAUCCCCGGAAAAAAAUGGCGAAUUAUUGGAAAACUCAAAUUCAGAAAUGGCACCAAAAAUCGACAAUGAAGCUCGUGAAAAGAAGAAGAAUGAAACAAGGUUUGUUCGAAGUGUGUCUGAUAAAGCUAUUCCUGUCAAAGAAAAUGAUAAUCACAUUGUUCUUCGAAGGUCGGAAACUGAAAAGCGCGAACCAAAUGAGAAAUCAGAAGAUGAAUUUUCAGAAAUGUCAGAUGAAGAACUUAAUAAAAGAGUUGAGGAGUUUAUUCAAAGAUUUAACAGACAGAUCCGACUUCAAGCAGCAGAAAGAAAAUUCCACCAAAUUUAAAAAAUCCACAAAAUUAAGAAAAUGAGGAGAUAUUUGAUGUCUCCUUUCUUAUGUUUUUGUUUUAGUUAAAUCUUGUCUUCUACUUUGUAUAUAUUUUAGUAGUUGAGUGUAAAUGUUUUAUACUUUUGUCAGGCAAGUUUUUUUUUAUCUCUCUCUCUCUCUCUCUCUCUCUCGCUCUUUCAAUCUAAUGAUAAAUUAAUGAACCUUGUUUUCAUCCACAGCAUGUUAUUGAUGAAAAACACAAUAAGAUACACAACCUCGUUU